AUUGUUUUUUUUUUCGGGCCAACAUUAUAAUUUGAAGAGUGUUGUCAGAUCUCAAAAUCUCUUACCUUUUCUCGUGUCUCUCUCUCUUCUUUCUCUCUCCUCUUCAUCUUCGCUAUCCUCUUCUCCUCAUCACAUCUUCGCGAUCGCAGUUUUUGAUCGGUAAUGGGUGCUCUGGAUAUUGAGGAUGGAAACCUGGAGGUUGGAAUGGAGUACAGAACAGUCUCAGGAGUUGCAGGGCCACUAGUUAUUCUGGAAAAGGUGAAGGGACCUAAAUUUCAAGAAAUCGUGAAUAUUCGUUUGGGAGACGGAUCAACUCGUAGAGGUCAAGUUUUGGAAGUUGAUGGUGAGAAGGCUGUAGUUCAGGUGUUUGAAGGAACAUCUGGAAUUGACAACAAAUAUACUACCGUGCAGUUCACUGGUGAGGUUUUGAAAACUCCUGUCUCCCAGGAUAUGCUUGGGCGUAUUUUUAAUGGAUCUGGUAAACCCAUCGACAAUGGCCCUCCUAUUCUCCCUGAGGCCUACUUGGAUAUUUCUGGGAGUUCAAUCAACCCCAGUGAAAGAACUUAUCCAGAAGAAAUGAUUCAGACUGGCAUUUCCACUAUUGAUGUCAUGAACUCUAUUGCUAGAGGACAAAAGAUCCCUCUUUUUUCUGCUGCUGGUCUUCCUCACAAUGAGAUUGCUGCACAGAUUUGUCGCCAGGCAGGUCUGGUGAAGCGGUUAGAGAAGUCUGACAACCUUUUGGAGGGUGGUGGUGAAGAGGACAACUUUGCCAUUGUAUUUGCAGCUAUGGGAGUUAACAUGGAAACUGCUCAAUUCUUUAAACGUGAUUUUGAGGAGAAUGGAUCUAUGGAGAGAGUUACUCUCUUUUUAAAUCUGGCCAAUGACCCUACUAUUGAGCGUAUCAUUACUCCUCGUAUUGCCCUCACAACUGCAGAAUACCUGGCAUAUGAAUGUGGAAAGCAUGUGCUUGUUAUUCUGACUGAUAUGAGUUCUUACGCAGAUGCACUUCGUGAGGUAUCAGCUGCCCGUGAAGAAGUGCCUGGAAGACGUGGUUAUCCAGGUUAUAUGUACACUGAUCUGGCCACCAUCUAUGAACGUGCUGGACGUAUUGAAGGGCGAUCAGGCUCUAUCACUCAGAUUCCAAUUUUAACUAUGCCUAAUGACGAUAUUACUCACCCAACUCCUGAUCUUACGGGGUAUAUUACUGAGGGGCAAAUCUAUAUUGACAGGCAGCUACACAAUCGUCAGAUAUACCCACCAAUCAAUGUCCUCCCCUCACUUUCCCGUCUUAUGAAGAGUGCUAUUGGUGAAGGCAUGACUCGCAGGGAUCACUCUGAUGUCUCCAACCAGCUAUAUGCCAAUUAUGCCAUCGGGAAGGAUGUACAAGCCAUGAAAGCCGUGGUUGGAGAGGAGGCUCUUUCUUCAGAAGAUCUGCUAUACUUGGAAUUCUUGGACAAGUUUGAGAGGAAGUUUGUGGCCCAAGGAGCAUAUGACACCCGUACCAUCUUCCAGUCACUUGAUCUAGCAUGGACGCUCCUCAGGAUCUUCCCCCGUGAGCUUCUCCACCGUAUCCCAGCAAAGACCCUCGACCAGUACUACAGUCGGGAUGCUUCAAAUUAAUCGACAAACGAGUCAGUACACCAGUGUCCUUGUCGCAUUCGGUAUUUUCAAUUUGUUCUUCAUUGCUGUUUAUCAGUCUUCUGGCUUCAAUAAAGGUUCCCAUCGUUUUCAGGUCCUCUAAAAUUGGGGUUCUUUGGUUAGUUGGUGUGUACAUUAAGAUAUUCUUUUAGUGUGAGGGACCAUGUAGAUUGUCAAGGGAAAACAAGAAGCAGCUGUAUUUUGUGGUUUUGACAAUUAUCCGCAAUUUCUUGUACUACAAUUUAAGGCUUGAGAGGGUGGAUUUAGAGAGCAGGAAUCCUCGGCACUUGUUUGCACUGCUUUCUUGAGCAUGUAUUUUAUUUAUAAACUCCGUAGCCCGGUUAUUUAUUGGGAGCAUUGCACAAUAAUUUUUUGGUCUAUUUGUUUUAACAAUGCCAAAUAAUCGACUGUUUCACAUUUUUUACAC